AUGAUCAAUCAGCAUCCUCCUGCCUGGGGAAGUUUCUCAGUCUCCUGCCUCAUCUCACAGACGUGGAGAUUCGCUCAAAUUCAGACAUUUAAGGUCAGCCAUUUGAAUCUACGCGAUGAUCAAUCAGCAUCCUCCUGCCUGGGGAAGUUUCUCAGUCUCCUGCCUCAUCUCACAGACGUGGAGAUUCGCUCAAGUUCCCUUCAUGAUGAGUUCUACAAAGAGAUUGCUGAUCGUGCUUCUUCAUCUCAGAUUCAUAAGUUUCAGGGUCACGAUUUGAACCUACGCAAUAAUCAAUCAGCAUCCUCCUGUAUGGGGAAGUUUCUCAGUCUCCUGCCUCAUCUUACAGACCUAGAGAUUCGUUAUUGUUCCCUUCAUGGUGAUUUCUACAAAGAGAUUGCUGAUCGAGCUUCUUCAUGUCAGAUUCAGAAGUUUAAGCUGGUUUAUAAUUGUAACCUACACGCACAUCAAUCAGAAUCCUCCUGUAUGGGGAAGUUUCUCAGUCUCCUGCCUCAUCUUAUAGACCUGGAGAUUAGCUCAUGUGAAUUUCAUGAUGAUUUCUACAAAGAGAUUGCUGAUCGAGCUUCUUCAUGUCAGAUUCAAACAGUCAACCUGAAUUUCACUUCGCGCAAUUUCCUUGAACUCAAGGUACUAAGUGAUUCGGCAUCCAAGCAGCUAGCCAAGUUUAUCAUCUCUCUACCCUGCCUUACAACCUUAGAGAACAAUAUGAAUAAAUCUUCAUGUUUUACUUUCUUCACUGAACUUGAUUCAUUGGCUGCAUCCUCAAAGAGUCCUUACUUCAGGGAAAAGCGUACCCGGAGCCCGGACUGCGAGCAAACCGGGAACCCGGACUGCAAGCCGACCUGUUGCCUGAACUGCAAGCAAAUGUGAUAUGCCUUCAACCAGUGGAAUGCGUUUUCCACAUAGCAGAAGAAGUGCAGCUCCACUUGAGAGUGAAAGAAUUCCUGAACAUGGUCACAAGCGACGACGACGAUGAUGACGAUGAUGAUGAUGGUGAUGAUGGUGCUAGAGUUGAUGAGAGCCUGGAACAACGUCCUGGUAAACGACGAGCUAAGACGGAUCGUAAACCUUCCUCACCUUAGGAUCCUUAGGAUGAAAUGCAAUAGCAUUAUUAAAUAACAUCCAGAGAUUGAUUUGCCGGUAGCGAGGAUAUAUCUUACACACACAAGGAUGGAAUAUUUAUUCGAAUACUAACAUUUCCUAUUUUGAUUUCUUGCCAUUCUACCUCAAAACAGCUGUUACAUAUUAUAAGUGCAAUACUAAUUUACUAUGCAAAUACUUACAAGUACUUAACUGUUAUCAAUUAUGCAUUACAAGUCAUCAGGUGUUUUUUCUUCUAUAUUGGCGUAUAUUUUGAUGAAGCUGCUGUCUAAAAUUCUAUUGUUCUUAUUAUAUCUUGCUUUCUUUUGUAAUACAAAAAUGCUGGAUUCAUUUUAACCGUAUUACCUUUCAGAUCUAUGCAAUUUGUACAUGUUCUGUAUAUACUGUUUAUAUUUUAUGUCACUCGUUAUUUGUAAAUAGAUGGAUUAUGUUAAUAUCAUAAUGACUGAUUUUGAAAUGUAAUACAUGUAAUGUCUUAAUGUUCGCUUUAGACCAUGGGUCUAUUUUGGGGGGCCAUUGCACGAAAAUCCUCUGGCAAGACAUUAAUCUAUAUGUGCCUCUCUAUUCAACCAGGUGUAGGACAUGUUUACCUGGUUUGAAGAAAUUUGAAUGUCAAAGGUGGAGUAAAGAUAAUUUUGUACAGUGCUUAGAACCAUAAACGCUGUAUACAUACUAUACAACUUAUGCAUUCAGGGGCUAUAUUUGUAUCAAGCGCUCUGUAAAUAUUACAAUUAUCUAUAUUUUCAAUACUGUUUUUACAGCUGAUAGGAAAUGCCUGUUCACUUGUAGCUUAGAGAUAAAACAUCUCAUUCACCUAUUCCAAACAUUAUUUCAUUUUCAAUUAUUUUGUAUUUUACAUAUACCAUGAUGGUUGCAAGGUUUUAUUAGCCUUUGAUAAGGUCUUUUUUAUGUGCGCCUUGACCAUUUAAUUUCAAGUGUAUUAGUGUAUUUAGCGCUUUACAAAUCAUAUAUAAAUUUCUUUGUGUACGGAGCAUCAUUAUUUCUUGUAUUUAUGUGUAUUUUCUCGAACUGCAAGCAGAAAUAUAGACUUUCUCCUAUAUAUGAGUAUAUUAAAAGGCAUCUUUAUUUCAGUGGGAGAAAAUCAAAAAUUUAAAUGGAUAAUAUACCCAGGUCCUCUAUCACCUUGCGGCAAAGCCGAAUUAAGAUGAAGUUACAAUGAAAGAGUGCACACAAAGAAGGUAAUCAGCAUGGAGAACCGGCAAACUAAAAAUUCAACGAUUAGCAUGUUGUACCAUAUUUCAAUUUGUUUUUGUAUAACCUAGCUUAUAUGUCAUGUGAUUUGAUAUUCUACCUGACAAUGUUAGGCCUACAAAUGUGAAAGUCUGAAACAAUAGUUGAUAUCUUUCUCCAUACAUCUGUUACAGGUAUUGGAAUUGUUAUUGAUUUUAAUGAGUCACUCCCAUACUAUUGUACAUGGCAAUGUUACAAACUAUAACUAUCUAAAAAUCAACAGUAAUAAUUGAUGUAUUCAUAUAAGAUGAAUUGGAAGUGAAUGAUUUUGAGGAGUCGGUAUUUUGUUAUGACGAUGUUAAAAAAGAUAUCGAAAUCUAACAGCAUUGGUUGAUGUCUUUCUUCAUAGAUCUGUUACAAGUAUUGGAAUCGUGAUUUUAAUGAGUCAGCCCCAUAUAAUUGUACAUGACAAUGUAACAAAGUGAUUGAUUUUUAGGAGACAAUAUUAUACAAUAUGAAGGAAUAUAUCAAAAUCUAAUAGCACUGGUUGAUAUCUUUCUUCAUAGAUCUGUUUCAUGUAUUGUAAUUGUGAUUGAUUUUAAUGAGUGUGUCCUAUAUAUAUGUCAUGACAACGUUACAACAAAAUAUAUCAAUAUCUAAAAGCAAUGGUUGAUAUAUUUUCUUCAUUAAUCUGUUAUAGCAAUUGGAAAUGUGAUUGGUUUUAAUGAGUCGGUCCUAUAUACAGAGCUUGAAGAAUAUGAUGGAGGUAUUAUUAUGUUUCAAGACAAGUUUCGCUUGAAUGUGCUGUGUAACACUUUGCAUUGUAUAAUUAUGUUUGUACUUGAGAACAUUUUUGAAAUAAAUUCACUCGGUAUCAUCCCAUUGAUGCCAAACAAUG